AUUUGCAUGUUUGAUAUGGCCAAGAAAAUAAAAUUCCAGAAAACAUGGAUAAGAGUUAUUAUUAAGUCAAGCGUGUGCAUGAGUAUAAAAGGGAGCCCAUCACAACGAUUGAUACUCAUUUCGAAUCUCAUCGAUUUCAAGCAAUCAAACGAGAUGAAAUACUUCUGCGCCGUUUUUAUUGGCUUUGCCAUCAUUCAAACGAUUCCUGUUGAAUCAGGACCAUUGGAUGGCGUAAAUAAUGCUUAUGGAAGUGCUUCGGCAGCAGCAUCAGCUUUCUGGAAUGGUCAGGGUCACGGCUCUAAUCAAGUCUUGCAAAAUGGUCCAUCUUCCACUUCGGCAUCAGCACGUAAGAAUGACAUCUCAAUCGAUGUAGAUAUUUCGCAAAAGCAGCAAGGUGCGAUGAAAAACAACUUCAAUAAUGGCUUUAAUUUGCCACACCAAUAUAGUUCAGGAAACAUGAAUGAACAGGAAAUGCAUCAACACAUCAGCCAAUAUCUCAAAAAUAUGAACGCUGGAUCGAAUAUUCCAUCAACAUCAGGACAUGGACAUGGGCAUGGCCAUGGACAAGGUGGUCAUCAAUCAAGCAACAGUAAAAAUGAUAUCUCAAUCGAUUUGGAUAUAUCAACAAACUCCAACAAUCAAAAUACACACGGAAAAAACAUGGAUCCAAAUAUGCUUAAAUACUUGCAGCAGCAACAACAACAACAAGGCCAAAACUAUGUCGGUUUGGCAGCAACUAAUCAAGCUGAUGCCCCUAAUCCAGCCGCACCUGGUAUGUUUAGCAAUGCUCUUGGUUCAGUUGGCUCCGCAGCAUCAUCUCUCAAGGACAAACUUUGGGGUUCCAAAGAAAACACUCCUCCAAGCACACCACAAAAUGGAUCCAAAAAUGAGAAAAAUAUAUCUCUUGACAUCGAUUUGGAUACAGAUGGUGAUGGUAAAGCUGACCAAAAAAUUAAUGUAGACAUUGACACCAACUCAGACGAAAAAGACCUUGAUCGCGAACGCAAUAGUUUAAAAUCGGGUCAUGACGCACAUAUGGGCGAACAUGAUAAGGGAUUGGGAAAAUCAGGCAAGAAAGAAAAGAAACAAAAGAAACAAAAGAUUAAGAAUCAGAAGAACAAGCAUGUAUCAAAUUUGUCAUGGACAAAUGCUCAUACUACAAACCAUUACCAUCCUGAUCCACGUGCAGCUCAACCAUCAGUCGUUCAAAUUCACCUUCCACCACCAAUGGCUAUGCAUCAUUAUAAUGUUCCUCCACCACCAAUGCCACCAAGCACUACUUACAAUAGCAUGAAUGCUGCAGCAUCUAGUCUUAGCUUGCAAUCUACAACUGUUCCAAAUGGAUGUCCAUAUGCCCAUUCACAUGCUGCAGCAAUGUCUGGAUAUGGCCAUCCACAUGGUCCGAUGCCACCAACCGGAUUCCAUGGCAAAGGAAAUGCUGUUUCAAGCUUGAAUGGUCUACCAAGUGGUAUGUACGGUCAUGCUGAUGCUGCAGUUAACAUGCAAUCCGGAGUUCCAUCUUAUGGUGCUCAACCAACUUCAUUCAAUCAUAUGAAUCAAGUACCAAACAUGCAAACUGGUCCAUACAACAAUGGAGCUUCAUAUAGUCCAAUGCAUGGCAAACAAAAUUACUACGGCCCAUCCUCAACCAAUCACUAUCAACAACAAAUGCCACAGCAAUAUACCCAAACCCCAUACCAUUAAAUGAACCAAAUUACCGAAUUUUUGACAACAAAUUAAAAGCUGCUUAUCGCAUUUAAUUUUCAAUAAUGUUCAAGCCGAAAACUUACUUUUCAAAAUAAAUACAUUGCAACAUAUUAA